UUUGUUUUCUUUAUUUACCAUCCCUGCGCUUUCAUCCCUAUACAAUGUAAUUAAUUGAGUUUCCAAAUCUUUUCCUGUUUUCACUUUCUCUUUUCUGAUAGGAUGCAUACGAUAUAUAAGGUAUCACACCGGUAAUUGUUUUCACUAUAUAGCACUAUAGAGGGGAAAAAAUUCUAAAAAAUCAGUUUGUAUUCCUCAUGACAAAAUAUUCGAAGGAAAUGUUAUUUGUUACCUAUCUCAUCAGCUAACACCAUAAAAAGGGCAAGCGAUACUGCAUUUUCUCAAAAUAUCUAGCACCAAACAGGUCUACCCUCAAAACCAUGUGUUUUCCAUUUGUAUGUAAACAGACUGCACACUCCCCAGGAAACUGCUGCAUGUGCCUUGAAAGAAGUAGUCCCUGUGAAAAAAGAUCAUCACCUAACAAAAUACAUGAAAUAUCCUACUCAGUGGUACAAAAAGUUUUAAAACUGAGUAAAGGAAAAUGUAAAAAUGCAGUCAAGGAAAAAAAUAAUUUUGAAGUAAAUAUGGAACUACAAUUGACUAAGUUCCAUUUUGAUUGGCCAAUUACAGGUGUGAUACCUAUAGUUUGAACCCUUAUAGCCAGUUUUAAUGUUUCCCAGAGUAGUUGGUCGUUAACAGAGUAUUGUAUCGUUUCACUGUCUGAGAAAGUUUCAUAGAUAGAGUGUCAUUAAUACAUUGCUUUAUAAGUUGCACAUACUCUUUAUCAUACUAUAAACUGCUGUUAAAUUUCCAACUACCUUUUCCGUGUGGUUCAUUUACAUAUUUAAAAGAAAACUUCUACCGGGCAGUGAUCAGAUCGGUAUGCAUACCCAAUAUAUGUAUCAGCAUUAACUGUACAGUAAUAAGCUGAAGGGAAGAGGAGACAAGAAAGUAAUCAAGUCGGGCCUGUUUACUCUGAGACCCAUGCCAGGGGAAGCAUGAAAUGGAAGGAUUACACUCUCUGCACAUAUCUACAAGGUUGUGCUCAGAAAUCAUCUGUAGAAUCAUCUCUCUUGCAUUUUGAUUGUUCUUUCUCCUAUAUAGUUUUGUAUCAUGGGAGUAGUCAAGCGGAACAUUGAAAUCUCCCCCAACAACAGCAGAUUCAUUCCCGAGCGUUUCAAUGUGUUUGGAGAUAAUCUCAAAAAAUUCAGAUGUGGAUGCUGUUAAGCGGUGCCGAGGAAAAGAGGAAAGCAAACCCCAGAACAUACAGGUUACUCCUUGAUAGCCAAAAAGAUGAGAGAGUAGUAGAGACAAUAGCAUUAGACCUGCACAGGACAUUCCCAGAGAACAUUUUCUUCUCUUCAGAGGAUGGUUUACAGAGGCCAUUGAGAAAUGUACUGGUUGCUGCAUCCCUUUACAAUCCUGACAAAGGUUAUAGUCAGGGACUUAACUUCAUCGCUGGGUUGCUUCUGUUAAUUGUUAAGGAUGAAGAGAAUGUGUUUUGGUUGAUGGACAGCUUGAUGAACAAUAUAUUACCAGAUUUUUAUUCUCCUGGAAUGGAGGCAGUCAGAGCAGAACAAGAGCUGUUGGGUGAAAUUAUUAGGUCAGUCAGCUCGCUAUUCAAGAUUGAAUCAACCAUGUUACUAAUAUGGAAGGACCGGGAGUUGCAUGACCACAUACAGGAGGUGGGGGUUCAGUGGUGCUUGGUGGGAACAAAGUGGUUCAUGUGCUUAUUUGCUGAUGUGCUGCCAACAGAGACUGUUCUGAGAAUUUGGGACUGUCUGUUUUUUGAAGGUAACAAGGUCCUGUUACGAGUGUCUACCUUAUUAAUUCUUCAGAACAAAGAGAGGUUGAUGGCAUGCAACAAUUUUCAAGAAAUGGUAGCUGAAAUACAGGAAGUCAUCAAAAAUCCAAAAAGUCUCAACUGUCACAAGUUAAUGAAGCACUGUUUCAAGAAGUUGGGAUCCUUUCCUACCACCCGCAUUGAAAAAAUGAGACAGGAGUGCUUAAUGCGGGUUGGAGAGCAGUAGAAUUAUAUCAAUUCUCUGAACUUCUAUUGCAUGUAAACUUCAAGGCUGGCACUUUAUCAAUAGAUUUUUACAAUUAAGACACAAAAACCUUACUUAUUGUACAAAAAAUUCCCCAUAGAAACUGAACAUAUUUUUCUAAUGUAUAUAUGUGUAAUGUCUAGCUCAAGGUGAAACAUUCGGUUCAGGAUAUAAGGUAUUAUUGUUAAUGCAGACCUGUUGGUUCCCAGUUUUAGUCAGAUUUUGUUAAUGAAACGCUUUGAAUUUGUGUGUUAGAGUUUUGCAUUAUUGCCAGGUAUUUUUUAUUCCUUCUAAUUUAGUUUACAUUGAGUAUUCUGGCAGUCUUAGACUUUUUUAGUUUGUCUUAUUUGAUUAGAAAUCCUGCAAUACAUUGAUCUCAUAUUUCUUUGGUCAAAUAUCAAGAGGGACCAUUUCCUUUUUUACGAAUGAUAUUAAGCAGAUUUUUAUUUACUUUGGAAUCAUGUUUUACAGCAUUUUAUAGAUUUACAAGAUAUUUUGGACGACAGUAAAACUCAUUUAGUACGAACAUGGUUAUAGCGAAUUCUCGGAUAUAGUGAAGUUUUUUUGAGUUCCCGGUAAAAUUCUUAACAAAACUUUGCAAAAUUUUACGGUUGUAACGAAUUCGGAUAUAAUGAAUUUACGGAUAUAGCAAACUGAUUUUGAGUCCCGUGGAGGUGAAUAAUAACGCAAUUAAAAACCUUUAUAGCGAAUUUCUUUACAGUUUAAAAAGUUUGCACUGCCAUUUAACAAAUUAGUUGGAAUAAAUUUAUUUUCAUACACUUUUUUUAUUUCACAGCCUGAUUUUAAAAGGUAUCAAAGUACUGUAUUUUUAUUUUAAGCCUCAAUAAGCAAAAUUAUAGUCUUGUGAAAGAAAACUUGUAUAUAGUGAAUUCGCUAUAGAUAUUAUUACGAAUUCGUUAUACGGAUAUAACGAAUUACGGAUAUAACGAAGUAAUUCCAUCGGUCUUUUGGACUUUGCUAUGACCGAGUUUUACUGUAUGUGGUUAAAUAGGAGCCAGAACAUUUACAUAUCAAUUAAUUUUUACACAAUUUUACAUUCUAUUAUUGGAAAAAUCUUAUUAUUUUAAUGUAACAAAGAAAAUUUAGAUUUCCAGAUGUAGCCAAAACUGCAAAAAUCAGUACAAACACUGUUAUAUGUUCAGGUAUUAGAUACAUGUACCUAGAGGGCUGCAUUGAUUAUAUCAUGAAAACUGAAGUCAUGCUCUCUUAAAAGAGGGCUUUGCUAGUCUGGUAUGGUUCUUUUUCUGAGUGGGCGCAGAGCAGCAGAACUACAGGAAGAGAAUAUGAGGUGUUGGUGUUGAAGGACUACACAGAAAUUAAAGUACAUGGACAAGGUUCCACUAAUAAUUGCCAUUACAAUGGCAGCACCAGUCAUACAUGUGCAAUAUUCUUGAUAAAAAGGCACAUCACAAGUAGCGUUCAUUUCAGGAUGAUGUAAGCCGCAUUCUCAAGGAACCAUACUCUUUUCAUUUAAAGAUUUGGGAGAGAACAAAGGAAUGAUAUCUUUCAGAAAAUGAAAGUUUCUUCUUUUAUUAUGGACAUACCAGUACAUUGUAAUUUAUUUUUAAGGAUGUGGUAAUGAAAAAAAGUGGAAAGAGGAAUAGUUAUCUAUUCAUCUGCCAGUAACGAUGAAUCUACCUCAAAAUUAUUAUUUAAUUUAUAACUUAACUAUAGUAAUUGCUGGAUUUUCUUCUCUCGUUUCAAAAAUAUUGUAAUAUACCAGCUAGAAAAAACUGGCCAAUGUCAAAUGUAAACAUUAAACAAGUUUGAUGUAUCUGGUCAAUGAUUUUUAAGGGUUUUUUUUCUUCUAACUUGUGUUUAAGUAUUCCUAUUUUUAAAGCAAAAAAAGGAUAUUUGUCUCUUAAUCUGAAGCAAGUGAUGAUGAAUCCCACUUUGUAUGAUUUAUGUUUUUUUCAUUAUUUGGGUAAUUGUGCUUUUUCUCAUUUCAUCAAUAUUGAAGCAUAACAUUUGUUGAAAAAUCCAUGCAUCAACUUUACAUAUUUGCUAUACAUAAAUAUUACCAUUAUUCAUGCCAUGUGAAUUAUUUUUACCACUUUUGUUUUACAAAUGAUUUAUACAGCAUUAUUGAAGGAAGUUUUCGAUGGACAGCAGAAAACCAACAGCUGUAGGCCAAUGUUUGAUUAUUUAUAUUUAUCAUGCAUCACUUUGUUUUGCAAAUUAUCUGAAAUAAUUAUACCCCCGCUCCGAAGGAGAGGGGGUAUACUGUUUUACCCUUGUGUGUCUGUCUGUCUGUCCGUCCGUCUGUCUGUCUGUCUGUCUGUCCGUCCGUAACAAAAAUUUCUGUCGCAUUUAUCUCAGCAACUAUUUAUCGCAGAUGCUUGAAAUUUUUACACAGUGUUUGUUAAGGCAUGCCAUAUCGCGGGAUAUAUUUUUUUACCAAUCGGACGUCAACUUCCUGUUAAAUGACGACUUUGCUUAUUUUUUAACUAAAAUUUUCAAACAAAUUUUCGUCAAAGAUUUCUCAGCAACUAUCUAUCGCAGAUGCUUGAAAUUUUUACACAAUAUUUGUAUAGGCAUGCCAUAUCGUGGGAUAUAUUUUUGUACCAAUCAGACGUCAACUUCCUGUUAAAUGACGACUUUGUUUAUUUUUAGCAAAAAUUUUCAAACAAAUUUUUGUCAAAGAAUUCUCAGCAACUGUUUAUCGCUGAUGCUUGAAAUUUUUACACAGUAUUUGUAUAAGCAUGCUAUAUCGUGGGAUAUAUUUUUGUACCAAUCGGACGUCAACUUCCUGUUAAAUGACGACUUUGCUUAUUUUUUAGCCAAAAUUUUCAAACAAAUUUCCGUCAAAGAUUUCUCAGCAGCUAUUUAUUGCAGAUGCUUGAAAUUUUAACACUAAAUUUGUUUUGGCAUGCCAUAUUGUGGGAUAUAUUUUUGUACCAAUCAGAUGUCAACUUCCUGUUAAAUAACGACUUUGUUUAUUUUUAGCAAAAAUUUUCAAACAAAUUUUUGUCAAAGAAUUCUCAGCAACUGUUUAUCGCAGAUGCUUGAAAUUUUUACACAGUAUUUGUAUAAGCAUGCUAUAUCGUGGGAUAUAUUUUUGUACCAAUUGGACGUCAACUUCCUGUGUAAUGAGUACUUUGUUUAUUUUUAGCCAAAAUUUUCAAACAAAUUUCCGUCAAAGAUUUCUCAGCAACUAUUUAUCGCAGAUGCUUGAAAUUUUAACACACUAUUUGAUUUGGCAUGCCAUAUUGUGGGAUAUAUUUUUGUAUCAAUCGGACGUCAACUUCCUGUUUAAUGAGUACUUUGUUUAUUUUAGCCAAAAUUUUCAAACCAAUUUUCCUCAAAGAUUUCUCAGCAGCUAUGUAUCGCAGAUGCUUGAAAUUUUAACACACUAUUUGUUUAGGCAUGCCAUAUUGUGGGAUAUAUUUCUGUACCAAUCGGAUGCCAGCUUUCUGUUAAAUGUCGACUUUGCUUAUUUUGCAUAUUCACAUCAGAGCGGGGGUAUCACUAGUGAGCAUUGGCUCACAGAUAUCUUGUUUUUGAUGAAUAGAAGGAAAAACUCAAUAAAUAUGAAAUUUGUCAAUAAAAUUUUUUAUUAUGCCAGUAUGAAGUUUUCAAAUCUAUUCAGGAAAAGUAUUACAAUUUGAAUAUUGUUUACAGGGUUAUUUCGCCUGCAAACGGUUUCGCCCCAUGUUGAAUUUGCCCAGACACACUUGUUUACUUAAGAGAGAACUGAAAACAUUUGAAUUCGCCCAGUCUUAAAUUCGCCCGCUAACAACGAGGGCAAAAGGGGCGAAAAUAAAACGGGGCAAAUAUUUCUCUGUAUACAAAAGUGACUUAUUUUCUCUCCUGGAUGUACAGGACUUUAAAAACCCAAAGUGAUUUGCAAGCAGAAGUCUUAAACAGCCUUGAUGUGUGCAGUAAUCUCUUAUUUCAUCAGUAAUACCUUUCCUGGUUUUUUUUUUUGCAAUGUCACUUUGAUUGAAAUACAUAACAGCUGAAGCUAUUGUCCAAGUCGCCCAACCCGUCCGAUUUAUUGGAGGUACUUUUCCAUUGAUAAGAGUCUGCUGUAAAUAAUGGUGAAUUUACACCCAUUUCUAGAGCAACUGUUGCAAACACUACGAAGUUUAGGGUUAAGACUAGUAUUAAAGCUCUUGAAAAAUAAGUUUUGACAUAGACUCUGGAUAGUCCUUGUGAAACUGUGCAAAGAGUCUAUUUUGAGGAUUUUUUUCUCCAUCGUCCUAAAGACGGUGUUCAGCAUAUUUGAAAAAAUACCCCAGCCCCUAAUUAGGGCCCCGCAAGGAUUUGCGGGUGCCCUAUAGUAAUCACUCUGUCCGUCCGUCUGUCACUCUUCCGUCCACAAAUUUUCUGUUUUUUUCUAAUAAUUUUUUUAUGGUUCCCCAAUCAAGUUCAAAUUUGGUAUGGUAGUUCAGUAGGCAGCAAUACAUAUUUUGAUGCUAAGUUUGGUUCUCUAUGUCUUCUGGUUUGGAGCUGGGGUGGUGGGGUAGAUUUCUUAACUAUGCAUAAGAAUGAAUGGGCAAAGAGAUAUAACUGCUGAGAAUGUUACCAUUGUAUACUUGGAAGGCUGUGCAAUAUUUGUCCUUUGGGAUUAAUUAACCUUCCACAGGAAGAAAAUCCUCAUCUUUAUCUGUCACAUUGAGAUUAAUUACUGCACUGCCUGUGUCUGCAAAUGAACUUUGUUUUGAAGUUAAGGUCAAUUUUGAAUGAUGUGUAGUAUUGUGUACAUUCUUUGAAAUAUGGAUUUAAAAUAUAAUAUUCAUACUUUAUUUUGCUUAAAUUACCGUACACAAUGAUUUAUGAUAAUUUUAUUGGAUUCUAAAAUCAAGAUAUAUAUUAAGAUAUCCUUUUUCACUAUUUUAUUUUUUAAUUAUUUAUUUUUUUUUUCUGCCUUAUUGCUGUUAAUUUUAACAGGUAAUCAGAUAAUAACCCAAUUCUGUCAUUUCUGAAAAAAAAAAUCUUAUUGUAAAUUUAGAAGAAAAGGAUGAGAGAGCAGAACAAUUCAUCCCCUGGGAUUAAUUAUCUUGCCUGCUGCAGAAAAUUUAGAGGCUUAUCUCUAUCUGUCAUAUGAAGAUUAAUGAAUACCUUUGUCUGCAACUGAUGUUUGUUUUGAAGUUGAGGUCAACCCUGGGUGAUACAAUGUAUUUGCAUUCACUGAAGGCUUGCAUUUUAUAAAACACCUGUUUAAAUCUUUUUUAAAUACACAUCUAAUUUAGUUUUUAAUUUAGUUUUUUUUAUAAGACAUGAGGUUAUCCCUGUUACUAUUUAGAGUUUUUGGACAUUCAGGAAUUUUCUUGAAAUUUUAAAAAUACAGUUGUUACUUUUAAUGUUCAUAUAAAUAUAUUUUUUAUAUAUAAUAAAAUUAAACUCUCAUUCCAUGAGCUGCACCCUUAUAUUUUCACCCCAUUUAUUUUUCAUCAUUAUUAAUAUAAAGAGGAUGGAAUUCAAAUUUUUUUUCACUUCUCUAUAUUAAUUGUCAUAGCGGGGCCCUUCCUGACUGGUCAGUUUUCUAGUUUACGUAUAUAACUGACAGGCUUGAAUGCAGAAUCUGAACUAUAGGUUUCGGAUGCUGGAUGAGGUUAAGGUUUUUAGAACUGGUUAAAGUUUAUGGAGCAGGUGCCCUCUGAUGAUUAUAUCUUAGUUAUUACUGGUCCUUACUUCAUAAAACUUGCAUGGAGGAUGUAUCUUAUGAAACUGAUGCACCUGGCCGGCUUGAAUACUGAAUCUGAGCUAUAAGUUUCAGAUUUUGGAUGAAGUUUAAUUUUUGGAACAGGUCACAUUUUUUUAUAGAUAAAAACUUGCAUAGUCAAUUCAACUUUAAUAUAAAUGAAUCGCAGAGGUAGCUUUAGAGCAGAGCCUAGUCUCCUUUAUCAAGGAUGCUAAAAAAAUCUCCUGCUUCACUCAAAACUGCUUGAUAGAUGUGUUUUUUGUUAAAUGAUAUAAAUGAUAUAUCAUGAUUCCUAUGAUAUAGUAUUGUAUUAUUUUAUACACUACUGUUUUAUAUGAUACAACAUUAUAUCAUAAGAUUAAAUUGUAUCAUAAUAUUGUUAUGUAUAGUAUUGUUUAUUUUGAUUCAAUAUUGUAUAAUAUGAUAUGAUUAUAUUAUAUACUUUUUUAUUACAUGCUAU